CACAUAACUGGCCAUGCAGAGUGACACCUGUGAUUUUGCUGAUUCCAGACAGACAUCACAGGUGAGGAUUUCAGCUGCUGUUUAUUGUACUUAUUUAGUAAAAUACGGAGAAAUAUGGUUGACUAGUAAACAAACCAAUCGUUGUUGCCUUUGACAUUAUAACCACGGUUUAGAGUUUCUCAUAAUUUCACCUCAGGGAGGCUAGAGUUUCCUGUCUGUGAGAUAUACUGAGCACCAGAUCUGCAAGUCAAACCAUUUAACCAAUCCACAUGAACUUGAGUCGGACGUUAAAGUUUGUAAAAAAAGAAUUUCUUCGCCAUUUUCCAACAAACAAUGGAUUCCUAUUCCGACAUGGAUGAAGAUCAGCUCAUUGAUUAUGUAAUUCAGCUGAGUAUUCAAGAGUCUUGCAAACAAAAUGUUUUAACAGCAAUUGGAAGCUCGGAGAUGGCCAGUGAUGAAAAUAUAAAGAUCCUAGCUGCUAUUGAGAACGGUGACAUACCUGCCCUCCAGGAGUUAUCAGAGUUUGCCUCAGCCUUCAGUGAGGUGGACAGUAGAGGAUGGCUACCUCUACACAGGGCUGCAGUCCAUCCCAUGUUUCAGGUGCUGGAGACUGUGUUACAUGCAUCAUACAAGCUGACCCUGGAGGAGAAGACUCCGGAAGGAGAGACAGCGCUGAUCCUCGCCAUUAAGGCACGGAUGGUUGAAAACGUUAGGCUGCUACUGAGCCACUGGGCAUCUCCACACACCACUAACAGCAAAAACGAGGCUCCACUCCUAAUAGCGGUGAGAAUGGGCUUGUAUGACAUGGCAGCCAGCCUCCUCAUGCACGGAGCUGUGCUGGAGCAGUACGGUCUGAAGCAGUGGACGGCCAUGCACGAGGCGGCCAAGGUGGGCUGCAGCGACGUCAUGAUGCUGUUGCUCAGGAAUGGCGGCAGUGUGACGGAGCGGGAUCCACACGGCGUGACUCCGUUGGGAAUUGCGGCCGAGUACGCCCAUCCCGACGUUCUGGAGCUCCUCAUUAACUACGGUGGUGACGUGAACGCACAGGCACCAAACGGCGAUAGUGUGCUUUUCGACGCUGCUGGCUCUGGGAAUCCAGACUGCAUUGACCUUCUUCUGGAACAUGGAGCCAAUCCCAACGUGGCCAGUCUGUUCUCCCUCCUCCCUAUCCACCGGGCGGCACAAGAGGGCCACCUCUUAGCACUGAGAAUGCUGAUUCCGAUUACCACCAAAAGGGCCAUCCGACUCUGUGGCCAAAGUCCAGUUCACUCUGCAGCAGAGGGAGGCCACCCCCACUGCCUGGAGCUGCUCUUAGAUAAUGGCUUUGACGCCAACGCUCUCCUCAAUCAACACAUCUCAGAGAACUAUGGAGACAUGAGGAAAAGCCCUCUCUAUUUUGCGGUCUCUAACGGAGACACCACCUGUACAGAGAUACUGCUGAAGGCUGGUGCGAAACCUGACCUGGAUCCCCUGCACUGCCUCCUAGUGGCCGUCAGGGCUGGGCGCUAUGAGAUCGUGAAGCAGCUGCUGGCCAGGCAGGCGGAUGUGAACUGCUACUUCACGGUGGUCAGUGACACUGUGUUCCCCACUGCUCUGCAGUACUGUCUGAGGGACGAGAUGAUGAUGCGACUGCUCCUCAACAACGGCUACGAUGCAGAGAGGUGCUUCUGCUGUCACCAUGACAACAGGUUCCGUACCAUGUGCUCCUGGAAUGAGCUCAAUAACCAGCUGUGUGAUGGACCCAACCAAGAGAAAAUACCUUUCUGUGACUUCAUCAGCUUGUCCUACAUGAAGCACUUGUCAGGAAGUGCGGUGCGGAUCCUUCUGGACUAUGUCAGUCAUGUGCCCAUCUGCUCCAAACUCAAACUCAUACUGGAGAAGCAGAGAGAGUGGCCUGAGAUCUGUGAGAUACUGGGGAACCCACGGCCACUGAAGCACCUGUGCAGACUGGUGAUCCGGAGACAGAUGACACCAAAGAGACUGUGUGACCCUGUCACCAUGGAGUCUGCCCCCUUCGCCCCCAGAGUGAAGAGCUACCUGCAGUGCAAGGAGUUUGACCUUUAUGGAAGCAGUAUAGAAAAGUGUCCAAUGCACAUCAGCCAGGAUGAUAUACUGUAGAUGGCUCAUCAGACUCAGAUUUAUUUGUGAUGCAGUUGUUUCUCCUCUGGAGGGAAUCUUUGUUGCUAAAGAAGAUCAGAAGACCCAACACUCAAAUUCAGCAACUCAAAAAACUGGCACCAAAUGAAAUGACUGUAUAUUUGAAUAGAUCUGAUAUAGAACUAUUUUACAGUUUAGAAUUAAUAUUGCCGACAAACUGAAUUCAAUGUAAUUAUCUGUAUAAGCACUUUCAAAAUGUCUUCAUGGGAUUCAAACAAAACCUAAACAAAAAACAAAGUUAUAGUUUAAAAUGGACAUCAUUUGCACUUUUCCGCAUGAACCAAAGUGGCACAUAAAUAUGGUAUAUUUAUUUUUUGUAGACUAGUAGCAGCACCCGUUUCAGAUGUUUUAACUUAUUUUUGCCUGACUUGUAAAUUGAAUUAUUUCUGUUGUAUGUAUACUGUAUAGUACUGUUAAAGGCCGUACAUUUAAUUUUAAAGGAGUGCUUUGCAAAUGCUUUCAAUGUCUUAAAUGAAGAUAUUUGUCCAAAAUCUGUUUGCAUUUUUAAUAUAACAUUAUAUAAAAAAAAUCUCUUCUU